AUGACAGUCACCACGGGCACAAUCGACUUCACCGUUGGGAAUGAGACGUUCCAGACCUGGUAUAAGCUCUUAGGCGACCUGAAUCCCUCAGCUCGCCCCCUCAUCGUUCUCCAUGGCGGCCCAGGCAUGUCGCAUGACUACCUUGCGUCCCAUAGUGACCUCCACGUCCAGCAGGGCAUCCCGGUCAUUUUCUACGACCAAAUUGGUAGCGGUAAAUCAAGUCAUCUCCGCGACAGAGGAGCAGAAUUCUGGACGUACGACCUCUUCAUGGACGAGCUCCAGAAUCUCCUUGAUCACUUCGGUAUCGCCCACAACUACGAUCUGCUUGGUCACUCCUGGGGCGGGAUGCUCGCCGCAAUGUUUGCGGCAGCUCGCAAGCCAGCCGGUCUGAAACAUAUCGUUCUGGUGGGGACGCCUGCUUCGAUGGAGUUGUGGAUGGAGGAGACGAACAAGCUGCUACUAGGGCUGCCGAAGGCACUUGGGGAUAUGCUCCGUAGGCACGAAGAGGAGGGUACAACGGCGGACAAAGAGUACCAAGAUGGGAAGCUGGUGUUUUACAGGAAGCAUGUAUGCUCCCUGGAUCCAUGGCCACAGGAGGUUCUCGAUUCCGUGGCUGCGAUGAAUGACGACUUGACAGUCUAUCAUACCAUGAACGGCCCUUCCGAGUUCUGCAUCACGGGCACAAUCAAGACAUGGUCCGUCAUCCAUGAUCUCCACGCAUUAUCGUACCCAAUACUGCUCACGAAUGGUCUCAACGAUGAGGCCCAAGACCCUGUAGUCUUGCCAUUUUUCAACAAGUGCCCUAAAGUAAAGUGGGUGCAAUUCGUAACGGCCACUCACAUGCCGUUCUGGGAGGAAAGAGAGAGGUAUAUGAAGGUCGUCGCCAACUUCUUGACAAAUGUGUAG